AACGAUGAACACCUCGGACCUGAAGUUACCAGAAGACCUGGAAGAUGUGACUCUGUCGGACGUCGUGGAGCUCUUGGGGCGUUCUGGAUAAUGAUGCAAGCCAUGAUCUUCAAAGCGGCCCGAAGGAAGUCAAACCUGGUGAGUCGAAUGCCACAGCAAAAUCCCGUCCGAGACCGAAAAAGGCAUCAAAUCAACCGUCCAGAAAAUGAAAGAACAAGCCAGACUACUCGACUCAACGACUACGUCGGAGAAAGGCAGAGGCAAUUGAACUAAGCAGACAAAUCCCUAUCCUAGAGGAGUGACUGGCACGAGUGAAACACCCUCGUACCGUCGACGGCGAGCGAGGAAUUUCGCCACAACAGCGGAAACAGCGCAGCAAUCCAUGGGCGUCAACUGCGCUGGAAGAGUUUCGCAAGCGUCGUAUGGCUGAGACCAUCAACAGAAAACUCAAGGCCGUCCUGGCGCAUCAAGUUAAGCUCAACAGGGCCUUGUUAGGGGUCAUCCAAGAUGAAUAUGCGCUUAGUCAGGAGAAGAAAUUCGUGUUUGCAAGCCCACCAACGAUGCCUACGCGGACGACUCUAGCAAAAGGUAAGAGGCGUCUCUGUGUUGUAGGGGUAUAUUACAAUCUGAUCGCCGAUAAAAAAAAAUGUAGCGAUGUUCUUGUGCUCCAGAAUCGACAGCAGUAUUUAUCGUAUCACUGA